AUGAGAAUAGGCAUCACCCCAGCUCCGUUACCUUAUGAGUUACAAAUCAGUACUCCUACUGGAGGAUCUUGUACUGCAUCAGAAAUCUGCACAGGUGUUAUUUUGCAAUUUGAAGGAAACACUUAUACAAUGAAUUUAGUGGUUCUACCGGUAUUCAAUUUUGAGGUGAUUAUCACUAUGGACUGGUUGACGGAGAACGGAAUAACAUUGGACUGUCGAGCAGGGAAAGUCAUAGUUCCUUCGAAGGAUGGUAAUUUUCAGCCUUUUUCUACUAUUUCUUUAUUACAAGUUAGAAAAAAGCUCCUUCGGGGAGCUGAAGGUUAUCUUUUGUUGAUUGAGUCUGAGACUUCGGUUGACAACCGAAUUCAGAAUGUUCUUGUUGUUAAUGAAUUCGAGGAGGUGUCCCCAGAUGAAAUUCCUCGAUUACCUCCUCAUCGGGAAAUAGAAUUUCCCAUUGAACUUAUUCCCGGAGUUGGACCUAUUUCCAUUGCUCCGUACCGUAUGGAACCUUUGGAACUUCGGGAGCUGAAAAAGCAGAUAUAA